UAGCAGCAGCUCCUUGCCUGAGCUCAGAGUUGAGCUCUCCUGAGGAGGUAGAGCAGCAUCCUGCAGGGAAGAGCCCUCCCAGAGCCACCAUGCUCACUUCAAGGCCAGUCCUGCUGCUCGUUGGGCUCCUCACCCUCUCGCUGCGCUGCCAUGCAGCCCCUUACUCUCCAGCCGAGUGCUGCUUCGACUACGUCAAGGGCGUGCUCCGGCUGGACUACCUCCUGGACUUCUACCCCACUGGCAGGGAAUGCUACUACCCAGCUAUUGUGUUUGAGACCAAGAAAAGAGCCAAGAUCUGUGCAAACCCCGAGGAGAAAUGGGUGAAGAGAGCAGUUAAAGUGCUUCUAAAGAAGAAAGAGCUUCAUGCCCCGCCCUGGCUUCUUGGUACACCCCGGAAUUUUUGGAAAUGCAGUCUGAGUGGGCGGCAGGUAGAGGAUAAAUGGCAGCGAGGAGAGAGCCACAGCCACAGCCACAGCCAGCGGGCAGGGCGGCACAGGGCACGGAGGAAGAGCCAGCACACAGCCACCAUGCUCCCUGCAAGGACUGUCCUGCUGCUCACCCUGCUGCUCACCUUCUCCCUGCACCAUGCCACAGCCCACUUUGCACCCGUGGAAUGCUGCUUUCAGUAUGCACAGAAACGCAUCCGGCACCCUCAAAGCUUCUACGAGACAUCCAAGGACUGCCCCAAGCCUGCAGUUGUGAUUGUAGCUGCCAAUGGUGAUGAGAUCUGUGCUGACCCCAAGAAGGACUGGGUGAAUAAAAUCAUAAAACGGCUUCAAAACAAAAAAUCAGAUCCAUCCACCAUCUGACCUGCCCAUCCCAUUCAGUCUUCCUGUCUCCUGAGGGAGCCAACAGCGCUGGCAGCUCUUCUCCAGGGGGUGCUGUGGCCGCGGGGUCACUGCAGGAGGAGCCAUCAGGAUCAGGUGUCACCGUGCCAUGGACCUGCCAACUCCCGAGCUCCUCCUGCUGUCACUGCCCUGCCAAGAUGUGCCUCUGGAACCGAUAUUUAUAAUAAAGACUUAUUGCCACAA